CCACCACCGACUCUACUGCAGUGCUGUGGCAUUACCACCGCUGCGCCCGGCACCCUCUUCCCUCUUGUGUGGAUAUUUGCACACUAGGUCCUGCCUACACAGCUUAGCAUAUUUGCCGGGAAUCAAGCGGGAGACCUACCUGCCAGCGCGUGAUCAUGCUGAUCGCUAGAGCGAUGUUGGCCAAGAUUCGCCCACCGCCGCUGAACCCUAGGGAGAUACAGAAUCAAGUUGACAUUUCGCGUGCAGCGGGGCUAACGGCUGCUUAUGCUGCUCAGCAGCAGCAGGGUGAGCAAUCGCCCUGCUCUUUCGACCAGCUAGAGAAGGAAAUAGCAGCACUUAAACCGCUCGAGAGGAAGCGUAGAGCGCAAAGGGCCAUCAACGACCAGGUGGUGACAUACUUUACUCUCGUCCACGCGGCACACACCGCAACCCCGCCCCCUACUGUCGACAUCAACGGCGGCAACAGCGUUGCUCUGCGUAAGGACCAAGACUCCCCGUCCUCCGACGGCAGCGCCACCGACACGCCGUUGGCCUUGCGAGGCACAUCGCUCUCAGGCGUCGAAGAGAAGAAAGCAGAGAAGGCGGCCGAGGGCAAAGCUGUCAAGAGGUGGAGGCGAAAACUUUUGAAGGAGAUGUUACGGUCGGAGUUAGGUUUCAAUACCGUGGUGAAGGACUCCACCUUGUCGGGAGCAGGACUCGGCCUGUUCGUGGAGGGCUCUGCUCCAGAAGGCGCCGUUGUGGCGAUCUAUCCGGGCCUCGUGCACCUGCCCGAACACCUGCAGAACCAGAAAUACGUAGCCUCUCUCCUCCCUGACGAGGAUCACUUCCUCAUGGGACGAGCCGACGGGUGUCUCGUGGACGGACGUACGGCGGGGUUGCUGCCGUCCUCUCCGCUGACGUUCGCUCACGCGGCGAACCACCCACCGGAGGGUCAGGCGGCCAACGUUCUGCAGGUAGCGUACGACUUCCCGGCACUAAGCGAGGACGAUGUGGGGAUCGCCAAGGGGGGCAGGUUCCCGGAGCGGUUGCGGCCGCUGGUGCCGAACCGGUAUCACCGCGCACCCAAAGCGUUGUUUGGGGGCAAGCUCGACCAGUCCGCGAUGGUGGAAACCGUCGUUCUCGUCGCCUGCAGGGGAGGGCUUCACGACCAAGAGGUCUUCAUGGACUACCGGUUUAAUCCCAAUAUGCCGCAUCCCGAUUGGUAUAGCCCGGUGGACCCCGAAGCAACCGCCAAGAUGUGGGCCGUCGACAAGCAAGAUAGCACCGCGCAGACGCUGUUGAACAAUUCUUGGUUCCGACGACGUUCCUGACCUGGAUAACCCACAAAGGCGGCGGACCACUGAAAGGUGGCAGACAUCACUCGUGGUGGCUGUUGUCUCGUAUUGCACUAGUUGGAGUUGAUGCACCGAAGAAGGCGAGCUAGAGGGAGACAGGUGCACGAAAGGCGGACCUAACCGCGACAAAUGUGGGCAGAUAUUGGCCCUGCGGUAAUAGCAAGUAGUGCUCCCCGCGUUCGUCCUACCACCUUAGCAGUACGACAGCCAUAGCGCCAUGGAUGCCGGCAGAAAGGCCGGCGUCCUUCCAAUUCCUCGUUUCACCUUCCUUGCUACGGCUACCUGUCCGAUCACUUGCAUCCAUGCCUUGACCGACGGAAACAUCGUGGAACA